AAUCUGAGCUACUGAGUUACUUAACAAUAUUUUAGUCACGAUGGUACGAAUUAACGUGUAUUUAUUUGUAUUUUUAUGUUUUUCAACGAUACGAUAUCAUUUGGUGUUUGGCGACUCAGAAUUUUAUAAAGCUAUUCAAAAAAGUGUAAAUGUCAUUAAAUCGGAUAACGAUUUUAUCAAGAUUGUUAGAAUCAACGAAUCGGAACCUUGUAAUAUAUAUUACGAUUACGAUAGUAAAAUUGGCUCGUUUAAAGAAAACACAAUUCAAAAGAUUAAUGGACUAACUGAAAAGAAAAUAAUUAAACCAAAGUCUAUCGGUGAUGAACAGAAAGUAGUGGCAUUUUACAAUACGAUAUGCUGUAAGUUUGCUAAAUGGACUAUAGAUAAGAUAUACAAAGUCGUUAAAUCAUCUCCGAUACUUUAUCAAUACCAGUUUCAAGAUUUGGCCGUGUACAGAUCAGUAUAUACACAACUUUUUAAAGUAUCGAUACGUCAGUUUUUUAGUUUGGAUACAAAUAUAGAACGCUUUAUAAGUAUAAUUUUUAAUUUUUUUGAAACAGUCACACACAAAUGGUUCAACAUCGACAAUACUUUUGUUAAAACGUUAAUGACGUUGCAAAUUAAAAUGUAUUAUUUAUCGCUAUCUUCACAAAACGAUGUCGAUAAACAUGUAAACCACGAGUCUGAUUUUGAAAUACUCCGGAGUAUCGUCGAAGAAAUGAACGCUUUACAACGUUUUCUGUCCAUGAAUUGUAUGGAGACGACUUCCAACGAGAAAAACACACCAUUUUACGGUUAUUGGAUAACUGCGACUGAAAAAGAGUUUAUGGACAUUGAUAAUAUCGAAGAGUUUUUGUUUAAUAUUGCGAAAUCCUUUUCAUUAUUAGAAAUGAAUCCGAAUAAUUGUUUCGCGCCGAAAAUUCUCUUGCAUAAUAUCGUAUUGCUUACGUCAAAUACGGAUCAAGUUUCGAAUGAAAUAGUUACCGCACGUAUUCGGGAUGCUGGCAUUGACAAUGUACAAAUUAAAACGUUAUCCGAACAAAUAAUAAAAAAUUACGAGUAUGACUUCGAAGCAAUGUUCAGGUAUCAAAGGUACGUUUUAACUGCGAUUAUUAAGUUAAUGUACGAUAGGAUAAUACGAUACAUUGAAAAUGAGAAAUUAUCGUAUAAAGUGGUCAGUAUACUUGAAGAAAUAUGUUCAAAGCUAACCGUUAGUGAGCAUAAUAAAAAUUUACCCCCAGAAUUAAUCGAUAACUUUCAGUUUUUAUGUAGUAUUUUAGUACCCGAUAAAACAGAUGGCUCAACAACUAAAUUAGAUCAUAAAAAAUAUUUGCGGUCAUUAGAUGCAAUUAAAGUAAAUAAAAAUUCUUUGACAGUUAUCGAACUCAAAGAAUGGACAGAGCACCCUCGAUAUUUAGAAUACUUCGAAAAUUUCAUGGUCAGAAUGAAUAGAAACCUCGACGAUUUUAAGUGUUUCUAUCGGUAUUAUAUUUAUCUACGCGAUGAACGAGAAAAUAGUUAUUUUAUACCGUCUUUUACUAGAAAGAAAACAAAAUUAGAAGUUGCCAAAUUCCGCAUCAAACGAUACGAAUCUCCCACAUCAGAUGAGGUAUUAUGCAAAUUUUUCUCGAUAAUGUAUUCAAUUUGUUAUCAAGCUGUUUUAGAUAUUGGUGAAAUAAUUGACAUAUCGGCGUCUGAUUCCAAAAUGCAAUACACAAAAGCGUUUGACGCUAUUGGACGUGUCGGUGAAUACUUUCUUAUUAUAAUCAUACGACCUAAACAUAAUCCAGAUCUCCUUAAAGUUGCAUACGACAUCGUCGUCAUUUGGAACAACCUCAAAAAUCUGCCCGAAAAAGAAAAAGUCAGUCUAGAUUGUGUUUAUCGCCUGGGACGAAUUUUGAAUGUGAUUAUGACGGUGUUAAACAGUUACGAAAUAAAACAUUGUAGUGCGACAGCGUCUCAAUUUCAGUUAUUUUUAUUCAAUAAUAUCAAUUUAGUAGAUCUAGGUAAGGAUAUGGAAACUAAUACCAUCGAAGAUAUGGUGGAGAAAUUUGUUCAACCACCAACCGCUGCAAGUUCUUUGAUCGAUCAUCUUACAGAAAAAAAAAGUAAUGAUUUCAAAAAAAUAUUGAACGUGGAAUACUUGUACAAAAAGUUUAUUAUUAAAGAUGUAUCUACAAUUAUUGAAUUAUACGGAGAAUACGUUCAAUUUAGGUGGAACGGGAAAAAGAAACAAAUCAACGAUAUUUUCACGGAGGCCAUUAAUUUUACUUUAAAUCCUCACGACUUUUAUGUCCUUUACGACUUGUAUUUUAAAUUUUACAUCGGUGUGGUUGUUAUUAAAAUCGACGAGGUUAUAAAAGAAGCCAAAAAUAACAUGGUUAAAAUGAAGCAAGAAUUUUCAGAUAUAAAUAAGUUCCUCGAAUACUUUAAGCCCCAAAAUUUUCCUGACGGACAGCUACGGUCUCUUGUAUCGGAUGUCAUCUCACUAUAUUCGCUUACCGACAACUACACAUUAAAUCCAAAAGAUUCGGAUUAUGAAAAUCUAUGUAAUUCAAUGCGGAAAGAGUUGUCAGCCAAAAUGACCUCAGUUAGAAUACAGUUCGAAAAGUCCAACGUUUUUUUCAUCGAUCCAAAAGAUUAUUUAUGGGGUAAAAUGACGCGUGUCAUUCAAGAGACUGGCAAUGUCGUAUCGUUGUGUAAUAGGGUCCUGACGAAAUUAAACAGCGAACUGUCUAGCAAUGUCAAAGACUUUGGUAAAUAUUUUUCGAAAAUAAUGGACCCAGAAGACAAUGCGAUAUUGGAAUUAAAAGAUUUAAAAUAAUAUUGUAACGCAUUACUUUAUUUCGCGACGUAUGUCCCGUGCUGUGAAACAGAAUUGAUUAUCUUUACUGAAGUCAAGUCACUAAACAUAUAUUUUGUUGUAUUUAGUUAUUGUUAAGGCAUCGAUUCGGUAUUUGAUCGAAUAUAAUUAAUAUUACUAUUAACCUUAAUCGAACCGCGUUACAAUUUAUAUUAUAUAAACCGCGAUUAACAUUGUUAUAAACGUAUUAAAUAAACAUUAACUUGAAAUAUUUGAGUAUGCGUAAAGUUUGAUUUAUGUAGCGACGAAAUGAGCGAACGAGACAAUGUAAAGCAACAUUGUAUUUUAAACAUUGCAUAGCGUGACUCGUUAUGUUCUUGUUUAUCGUAUAAUCGAG